AAACGCUUUGAAUGAAGGCUCCAAUCACGAUAUCACCGUACAGCUUCUGCAAAUGUUGGAGGAACGUCAGUAUGUAAUUCACCAUAUAUUAUCAAAAGAUGAUCAUAUGCAAAACUUGUUCUUUACACACAUUGAAGCUGCGCGUCAAAUGGCUAUAUAUUCAGAGGUGCUUAUAGUGGAUGCAACAUACAAGACAAACUUAUAUAAGCUUCCUCUCAUCAACGCUAUUGGUAUUAGCAACAUUGGCAAUGCCAAAGUUCUUAAUACAUAUUAA